CCACGCGGCAAUUCCCCAAGGCGACGGGGCUUGCACUGAUACUGCGUCAAGUUGUUCAGUCGGGCCCCGUUGCCCUAGCAACCGCUCCUUAGCGGCCGUUGUUCUCCUUGCUCCAUGUCGUUGCCGGAGCCGGUGAGAAGGCGGCUGAGUUCCUUCAGCCGAACUGUUUUUACGGACAACAACCGCACGGUACCCGAAAGCAGAGGCGACGCCAACCACAUUGAUAAUGAAAUCAUCUCCAGUUUGCCAUUACAGAUGUCCCUGUAUUUUAACUUCUGGUUCUUCCCUUUUUGGUGGGCAAGCAGUGUUGCCAUGUUGCAGCUGAAGUACUCAGUCUUACCAGAUUACUACAAAUUCAUCCUUGUGACAAGCAUUAUAUUAACAUCUUUAAUUGAGGUUAUACGUCUGUACCUUGGAUACAUGGGAAAUUUGCAGGAGAAGGUUCCUGAACUAGCUGGGUUUUGGCUCCUGAGUCUCCUUUUGCAAGUGCCCCUAAUUCUUUUCCUACUUUUAAAUGAAGGGCUAAGGAUUCAACCUUUGGAACGAGCAGUCAAUAUCAUUUUUGUAGUAUUUCUUGUCUUCCAAGUUGUUACUGCAUUCCUUGCUCUCAAAAGAAUGGUGAACCAACUGGCAACUCGUUUCCAUCUUCAUGAGUUUGACCGGUUAGAUGUUCAUCUUCCCUCUGAUAACUUAGCUUGCCAGGCAAGGAGACUGGAAGCUGCAGGGAUUAUGGAACAACAAGUGGGAGAACUUCAUUCAACAAGUGGUGUUGGAAAUCUGCAGUGAGAACCUGAUGGUAAGAAGAGCAACCCCACCAGUGAAGCUCCUCUGCUUGUUGCCUUAACUAUAGGAGUUUUAGAGGAUUUGAUUUAGAAAUUCACUUAGUUCUGGGUAGCGCAAACAUAGUGGA